UGCGUCGUUCCAUUUACCGUUCAUUUGCUCGGCGUCCUUUCAGCGUUUAAGUUAUGUCUCGCAAAAAUCGACGACCAAAUCUUGGUCUGGUCGAUGCACCGCCUAACGAUCAUGUCCAAGAAUUUGUAGUGGAGAAAAUCCAAGGCAAGCGCUUUGUUAAUGGGCGUCCCCAGGUUCUGGUGAAGUGGCAUGGUUUUCCGGAUGAGAGUAACACAUGGGAGCCAAUGGAAAACGUCGGCAACUGCAUGCAGCUGGUCUCCGACUUCGAGUCGGAGCUCUUCAGGCGGAUGCGGAAUGCCUCGGCUAAACCUGUCGGGAAAUCGAAGCCCAGUCCUAGCACCAGCGGUCCAUCGAACACCGAAAAUGGCCCCAGCACCUCUAAGAAAACACAACAUUCCAAGUCGGUGCAGGCAAAAAACACUGCUAAAAUGUCGAAGAUGGAUCAGAAAAAAGAGAAGGAUAUUAAGAAAGCGACGGGAAAAAUCAAAGAUAUUCAAAAUGAUCCCAAAACUCAGAUGCCUAGUACUAGCCAAGGAUCCACAGGCUUAACUGAAGUUUUCAACGGCAAUCCAUCAGCCAGAACGAACGUGAUUAAAAGUCCGAGGAUUCAUAGCGUUUUCAAUGAUCCUAACUUGAGCGAACCCAGCGAAGACGAAGCUGUGGGAGCCACAUCUUUAAAUUACCAACGAGCUGGUCAUUCCAAACAAAAAUCUUCGACGCCUCCCAAAUCGCGAGGGCUUAUUGAAUUUCCUCAAGGAGAAGACUCACUGUUGUCUUCGAAACAUGUGUCUCCUAUGAUGAUUCUUAAAGAAUCCCAACCAUUGCAAAGUUCAUUCACUGAUGAUUCGGAUUUGGGUGAAUCCUCUUCCAGUAAGUCGUUUCUUACAGUAUCAUCGACCAGCUCUGAGGGAUCGAUCAAGGUCACCAAAUCGGAACCUAAAACAUCAUCGCUGGACCAGAUAAAGUUGUCGACUAGGUCAUCCGAUGGUGGUCAUGAGGCGGCCGACAAGCAGAAGUCCACAUUUGGCAUUAGCUCCAGCAUGGGGUCGAAUGAUUAUCUACACUCCAUGGGCUUGGAUUUAUCUGACAGUGAUUCCAUAGAUUCUAAAGUGGAGAGCAUGCACGGCUGUCCUACCAAGCAGCAGAGCAACUGGAACUUUCCCGAGCCACUAACGACGCCGCCAGCUGGGACCAAAAAGGAGAUGGCUAUGCAUCGGGAUGUCCAGAAGGAGUCGAUUGCAUCUCACGCACCUAAGUUACAAGAAGUGAAGAAGAAGCUGAAGACUUCACAGCGCGGCAAGCGUUUAAGAACUUACCCGGAUUGGAGAAUGCCGGAGACUACGGAACCCUUCGGUUUGGAUCGCGGACUGGAGCUGGAUAAAGUCCUCCACUGUUACCAGAUGAAAGAGCUCUUUCUGUUCGUCACGUGGAAGGGCUGCUCGUCCAUCGAUGCAGUGCCCAUGAAAUACCUUAGGGAAGCGUAUCCAUUGCAAGUGAUUGAGUUCUUCCAGAGCUUGAGGACCUCUGUGCUCAAGUAAAGAUGUCUAGUACCGGGUUUGUACUACGUUUUGCCAAAAAUUCACUUCACACAACAUAAUCGACUCCAAGUUCAAGGUCAUCGCAUCUAAAUUGGGUGAACUCCAACUCCAUCAAAUUGAACUAUUCAAAGAAAAAACACCGAUAUGUGUUUAUACUAUGUUUCAUGUUUUCAGUACAUUUAGAAGAAUGUAAAUAUCAAUGGUUUCCAUAUUUCAAGUAACCUGAUAUUCUAACCUUUUUGUUCAAUAAAUUUUGUUUUUGGCCUGACA